UCUCUCUCUCUCUCUCUCUCUCUCUCUCUCUCUCUCUCUCUCUCAAAAAUCCGUCAUUUUCAGCUCUUUCUCGAUUUCAAUUGCUUCAUCUGAUGCUGAAAUUCUCCGAAAUCCGACUCCCGUUCGAAGUCCUUUAGCUGAUGCUAUAGCUAUUUCGAGCUGUUUCUCUUCAUCUGAUCUUUCAUUUCUUUUUCGUUUGAUUUCGAUCUUUCUCAGCUAGAAACCGUAAUCUCUUCGUUCCCCUUUUCAGAUCGUGCGAUUUCGAUAUCUGUUUUGUCAGUUUUAGCUGCUCCCCCAGUGUUUUUUUUUCCUUUUUCUCUUUCUGAAAUUGAAAUCGGACCGUUGGAUUUGAAACUCUCUGUUUGGUUCUUGAUCGCCUCCCCGUAGCUGACGCUGAGAACUGGCGGAAGAAAGGUACGCGACGAGUUCACGUUUUCUCGAGACGAGGAGAAGUACGCGGUUUUCUCGCCAUUUUCUCGAUUCUUGCUAGUUCCUCUCUCUACCCGCACAUGAAUACGCGGGUAAACGAGCGCCCAAGUGUUCGACAUCAAAGCCGUUAAUAAGGUUUGCCUCACGGUGCGUGUGGUCUAGAUCAGAACUCAGGCCGGUCCGCUCAUUAGGUGGGCCACGCGUGCAUUGCAAAAUUGAACGGUUUAGAAGAAACCAUUGCCAGCGUUUCCCAUUCAUUCAAAGACGGUGCAGAUUAGGUCCAUUUCCAUGUUGAUGGGUAACGGGUCUUUAUCGAGUUGCAGGAAGGUUGCUUUCAGGGUGGUGGGUGAUGCUUCAGUUUUUGGCUUUUGAACAUUUAAAAACCUUUAGUUUCACUGCUUCAGUUUCAGAGAGCAACAUCUGAGAGUGAGAUCUUGUUGGCAUUUGUUUUGAUUGUUCAAAGUCAAACGAAAGUAUGGUGUAUGUUGAUUUUGUUUUUGGCUGUAAUACAUGAAGCUUCCACUGCAGAUUACCCUGGCUUGCAUCACUAGCGUCCUCUGGUUUCAGUAUAUUUCUUGCGAUGAAUUUCCAGGAGGGCCGGGUAUGGAAAAAUGGACAUGUUUAUGUGCAGCUAGUAAUAUAGGAACAGAGAGCUAUGCUCUUGUAGCUAACUGUUCUACAGCCUGUGAUUGUAGACCCGAUGCUGUAAGUGGACCAGAUGGGGAAAAAUGGACAUGCUUAUGUGCUGCUGAAGGGGGCCCUACCACAUCGGCCAGCAUCCACAAUGCCAAUUGUUUUACAUCCUGCAACUGCUCAUCUGGUUCUUCUGCUACAUCAAAUGCUGCAAAGAAGCACAUUUCCGGCAAACUGGUUGUCUACAUUCUCUUACUGUGUGUUGUUCUUACAACUGUUGCAUUUAUUGCUUCGAUAGCUUGUUAUAUCUAUCGGAAGGAUAGAUGUCCUGUGCAAACGCCAAUAUUUUUGUCUGACAAAGAAUCAAGCUGGAAUAGUGCUACCAACUUAAUAAGCCGUCGGUCAGCUACAGUGCCAGAAUUUCAAGUAAAUAUAAACUCUCGGUUCAACCCAAUCACAGGAUGCAUACACAAGGCUUCCUUCAUGUUUCGAAGCAAAAGAGAAAUGAUACCUGGGGCAAUUAUCCAAUUUUCCUACUUUGAAUUGGAGCAAGCAACCGAUAAAUUCUCAAAUUCUAAUCUGAUAGGGCUUGGAGGUAGCAGCGAAGUUUACCGUGGUCAGCUCAAAGAUGGAAGAGCUGUGGCAGUUAAACGACUAAAGAUGAAGGGAGGGCCAAAUGCAGACUCUGAGUUUUUGACUGAGAUUGAAUUGAUAUCAAGACUCCACCACUGUCAUGUAGUUCCUUUGCUUGGCUACUGCUCAGAGUCCCAAGGAAGGCAUGCUGAGAGGCUGCUGGUAUUUGAGUACAUGCCAAAUGGCAAUCUAAGAGAUUGCUUAGAUCUGACUCAGGGCAAAGAAACCAUAGACUGGGGAACACGUGUUGGCAUUGCAAUUGGAGCUGCAAGGGGCUUGGAAUAUCUCCAUGAAGCAGCUGCUCCUAGGAUUCUGCACAGGGAUGUCAAAUCCACCAACAUUCUUUUAGAUGAGAAAUGGAGAGCUAAGAUAACUGAUCUUGGAAUGGCCAAACGCUUAAUGGCUGAUGAUCUUCCUAGCUGUUCGAAUUCUCCGGCAAGAAUGCUUGGGACAUUUGGAUAUUUUGCUCCAGAAUAUGCGAUUGUUGGAAAGGCCUCACUGAAAUCUGAUGUUUUCAGUUUCGGUGUGGUUCUCUUGGAGUUGAUCAGUGGUCGCCAACCUAUCAAUAAAUCAUCCAAAAAGGGCGAAGAAAGCCUUGUGAUAUGGGCAACCCCUCGCUUGCGUGAUAGUAAGCGGCUUGUCUCGGAAUUAGCUGACCCCCUUCUCAAAGGGAACUUCCCAGAAGAAGAGGUGCAUAUAAUGGCCCAUUUGGCCCGGGAGUGCCUACAACUGGAUCCCGAAUCCCGGCCUACAAUGAGUGAAAUUGUCCAAAUCCUCUCCACCAUCACACCAGAUAAAUCUAAAAGAAGAAAUUUCCCAAUAAAUUACUUUCAGAGCCCGAUAUCUCGAAGCAUGAGGAGUGCAGUUGAUGUGGAGAGGCCUGAGCAACGGGCUGACGGCCUGGUCACUGGAGGUGAACUGAGGCAUGCAACGUCCGAGAGAUGGCUUGAUCGACAUUCGCUGCCAUUAGCAGUUGAUCAGAAUCUAUGUGAUGAGGGUAGGAAAGAAGCUGAUACAGUUUUGUCCGCAGAGUAUAUAGAAAGACUGAUUCUAUUAUCAUCGAAAGCUCGGAGUUGGCGGGCCCAAGAUGAUGAGGCUGUGGACUUGACCGAACCACGGUUCGAGUCAUUUUUGGAGGCCAAUGUCCGGUCCCUUUGAUGUGUAAUGCGCUCCGAGUUUUGAGUCAGUUACCAUAAAUGCCUCCAAAAUCCUGGUAAAUUGAUGGGAAACACAAUCACCCUGAAUUUCAUACAACUGAGUGAAAAUGGCAGAGGUAACCAAAAUCCUUGUGUGAGUUGUGUGUGUUUUGUGUUUUGUCGAUCAUGUCACAGAGAGGAUGAAAAAUUACCACA